ACAUCAUCAAGACGAUGCUGCGUGUUAUCGUGAUAAUUCUGUGCAAACUUUACAAAAUCAAGGCCAAGAGCUGCAGAGUUACCUCUGUCCUACAGAGACUCAGGUCACUGUGGUGGUAGUAGUAGUAGUAGUAGUAGUAGUAGUAGUAAUAGUAGUAAUAGUAGUAGUAUUUAGAUUCUCUAUUUGAGGAUUACAUUAAUAACAGUUGCAAAUGCAACUCACAUUAUAAUGACAUGACAUUCAUGAAAGUGAGGAAACAGAACAGGAACUCUACCUGAAUUAUUGUGACAAAGAUCGAUCUUUUAUCCAGGUCGUCUCAGCCAUUGGUUAAUGGUCGAACCCUGGACGUUUCUACGGCUGAAGGAGCCGAUGUAGAAGAACGACUGUUUGAGGGUCGCCAUACGACACGGCAGACUUUCUGACUUUUAUCAGCAAUUGUUCCAGCAAAUGUUGUCCUUGUUGCCUCGAGCGCAGACGAUAACUCUUAUCCCAGAGCUUUGGCAUGAAACGUUACAGUACACACACACACACACACACACACACACACAGAGAGAGUUGCAGAGCCGCUGCCUUUGUUUUAAGUCUUGUCAGCGGCGGGUGGUGGUGGCGGCGGCGGCUGACGGGGGUUUGUAGAGGAAGAACUCCGAGCCUGUCGCCUGCUCUGGUUGUGGCCCUGAUUUGAGUCUCAUAUUGCUCCUACCUGAAUGUUUGUUCUGAGGAGCUGUAUGAGUCAUAAUGCCAAUAUGAUUUUGGUUCUGACAAGGUGGUUAAAUUUUGACAUUUGUUGGAAUUGCUUAAAAAUAUUGUCGUGUCUAAGGUGAAACGCUUCUGCUGGUUUCCUGUCAACCAAGUCUCAAGCUUGGUCUCGUGUUUGCUAUCAGAGGUCUGACAGCUCGACAGCAGCCGCUGUACGCCCAACACGCCAUCACCCAGUCGUGCGUCGGCCACGUUCUUGGCAAGGAACGAGCUGAUACAAAAAUGCUGUUUAUCGGAAACUGAUCGGAAAAUGGGCUGUUGGGUUUCGGAGAGGUGGGGUGCGUAGGCGACCAAAAGGGAGGGGUACGUCUAUAUUCUGUCUCCGUCGCCCUGCACCCUCUUUUCACACAACAGGAAGAAAAGUGAGUGAGAGGAAGAACGGUAGAGGUAGACCAUCCACAAGGAUGAACCUUUAACUCCAACUUCUGCCGAAGGAGAUCAGAGCUGUUGGAGGUGAACCUCCGAGGACAGGAGGAAACGGUGGUUCUUCAAAGACCGAGGGAGGAGAAACCAGAGGGAGAGAAAGAGUGAAAACAUGGAUGCCAUGAGGCACGCACCGCCUCGGCUUCAGAUGACUGUGCCUGUGCCCAUGAAGACAGGGAAGGUGGCGAUGUCUCCAGGAGAGGACGGUCUGAUUGGAAUCCCCUUCCCGGAGCACAGCAAUGAGCUGUUGUCGCAGCUCAACGACCAGAGGCGGUCGGGGCACCUGUGUGACCUCACCCUCACGUCCCGCGGGGCCAGAUAUCACACCCACCGCUCCGUCAUGGCUGCCGUCAGUCUGUACUUCCGUCGGCUGUUUGGGACCGAGGAAGCAGGGGGGGAGGGUGGGGGAGGGUUCAGCGUUUGUCAGCUGGACUGCGUGGCACCAGACGCCCUGGACGCCCUGCUGGAGUUCGCCUACACCGCCACGCUCACUGUCCCGAGCUCGGGGAUGAGGGAUGUGCUGCAGGGCGCUCAGCUGCUGGGCAUCCAGUGCGUGGCUGACGCCUGCAGAGAGAUCCUGGGGGAGGAGGCCGGGGACGUGGCAGAGGAGACCAGGGUCCAGUACACGCCUCCCAAGAAGGUGACGGUAGAGGAGGUUGAUGUGGAGAGGGUGUCCAGACGGAAAAAUGACAGGAAAAAGGUCCGAAGAAUUGGGUUGAAUUGGAUCAACCAUUCGCUCGUGAACCCGUCGCCCGCUUCUCCUGUUUCUCAACCGUCCAUCGCAUCCGACAGCCUGCGCUCUCCGCCGUCCACGCAGUCCCUGAGCCCCGACCAGGAGCUCCGCCUCAAAUCAGAAUGGCAAAAUGGAGAUCCUGAGUCCGUCAAAGAACCAGGAAGAGGUGCCGCCCCGAACGGAGGCCACGUUCACUGGAUCCACGAUCGGCCCAGGAUCGCCCACCCGCCUCCUGUCGCCGCCGCCAACCACAAGCCCUCGCAGAACGAUGACACGGAGAGAUUCGGUGAAGACGGCACGUUCAUGGGAAGCACGUCGGUUCCGACCUCUGCGUCUGAGAGGGUGGCAGUGACGGCUACGGUGGGAGAGGGCAGGAAGAGGAAGUCCCAGACGCCACAGCAGUGUCCCGUCUGUCAGAAAAUCAUCCACGGAGCGGGAAAACUGCCCCGACACAUGAGGACGCACACGGGAGAAAAACCCUUCCAGUGCUCGGCCUGUGGCGUUCGCUUCACCCGGAACGACAAGUUGAAGAUCCACAUGAGGAAACACACAGGAGAGCGGCCUUACCCGUGCCCCCACUGCCCCGCCCGGUUCCUGCACUCCUACGAUCUGAAGAACCACCUGUCCCUCCACAGCGGGGCGCGGCCCUUCGAGUGCCCACUCUGCCACAAGGCCUUUGCCAGGGAGGAUCACCUUCAGCGUCACCGCAAAGGUCACAGCUGCCUGGAGCUGCGCACGCGGCGCUCCAGGCGCGGCCCUGAGCUCAUGGAUAACGGGAGAGAGGACGGCGGCAGGAGAGAGCCGUCAGACCCUCUGGAGGUCGUGACCUCACAGGCCCACACCUCAGCGUUUCACCCUCACAUGAUACUGGAUGCUGCGAGCGGGCACGGCGUGGGCCCUCCGCUAAUGUUUCCGGGGGACAUGGAUAGGGGGCGCUCUCUGGCCCUGCAGGCUCUGUCCUCACAGCUGGGGCCCCACAGGCUGGCCGGGUACUCUGAGCUCUUCCUGCGGGGGCUGGGGCUGCGAGGGAGCAGAGAAGUCCAGGUGGAGGAUCCGGGUGGAACCCACUCCCCCGGCAGGCUCCGUGAGCACUGGGCCGACGAGGUGGAGGAGAAGGUCGGAGACGAGGACGUGGAGGAAGAAGAAUAGUAAACGUGGAUGAGUGUGUCUGUGGUUGAACCGCCACAGGAAGUAAAACAAAAAAGAAGAAAUCUCAGGUGGUCGGACUGCAGACCUGCCGCUCCCAUAUCAACAGCACUUAAAAAAAACUGAAAUGAUAUUUGAAAAAUAUGGAACACGGGUUUUCAGAGAUAUUUUAAAUGAUUAUUUUGUCUUUUUUUUUUUUUUGCUCUCUGCUUUUGAUUUGUCUUUUAUUUUUGUUUGCUGUUUCAUUUUGUGUAUUUUAAAUUUUAUUUUUUUUCCAGUUGAUUUUGUAUUUCUGACCUGUUCACUGGGAUCAACGUCACUAUGCAAACAAAAAAAUCAGAGUAACAUUUUGAAGGUUUAUAUUUCUGUUAUAAUAUAAUGGAUCCAAUCAAGUGCAAUCCACAACUGCACGAUCAGCAAUAAGUUCGCCUACUCACCGACCUCUAGUGGUGAUCAGUGGAAAUGCAGCCUCAUUAGUCAAACCUCUGCACAUGUUGAGCAACAAUGUUCAUUUGUUUAAAAAAAAGAAAAGAAAAAAAAAGAAUCUUUUGAAUGAUAGAAUCUUUGCUUACAUUUGGUGCUCGAACCAAUUAUUUUUUUAUUUCCAGAGUGAAGAGGUGUCAGCUGUGGCCAACGUUGGGAGAGAAUCUGUUAAAUAUGCAAGUGUCUGAGAGUAGAACUCUCUAAAAGCCUGACCAAAAACAGUUGUAACGAAGGGUUUGGAUAAUAAUAAUAAUGAAGAAGAAAACUCUUUUUUUUUUUCUUUUUUUUUGCAAAAGGCUUUGAAGUUCAGUCUUAAAAUGCACUCCUUUAAAAUCCUGGUUUUGGGGUAAAAA